GUCAGAGCCGAGGUUUCGGUUCAGGCGGAUCUGGUUCGAGGGAGGGAGGCCGAGACCCGCAGGGAUGCUGCCCAUCACAGAGCACCUGCUGCACCUCCUGGGAUUGGAGAAGACAGCGUUCCGUUUGUAUGCCCUGUCUGGGCUCCUUCUCUCCCUGCUCUUCUUCCUCUUCCGUCUUCUGCUGCAGUUCCUGAGGCUCUGCUGGCACUUCUAUAUCACCUGCUGCCGACUGCGCUGCUUCCCCCAGCCGCCCCGGCGCAGCUGGCUGCUGGGCCACCUGGGCAUGUAUCUCCCGAAUGAGACAGGCCUCCAAGAUGAGAAGAGGGUGCUGGACAGCAUGCACCAUGUGAUCCUGGUGUGGAUAGGACCUGUCCUGCCACUGUUGGUUCUGGUGCACCCUGACUACAUCAAGCCCCUGGUGGGCGCCUCAGCUGCCGUUGCCCCCAAGGAUGACCUUUUCUAUGGCUUUCUGAAACCUUGGCUGGGAGAUGGGCUGUUGCUCAGCAAAGGUGACAAGUGGAGCCGGCACCGCCGCCUGCUGACACCUGCCUUCCACUUUGACAUACUGAAGCCCUACAUGAAGAUCUUCAACCAGUGCACCGAUAUCAUGCAUGCUAAAUGGCAGCGCUUGGCAGAAGGCUCAGAAGUCUCCCUUGACAUGUUUGAGCAUGUCAGCCUCAUGACCCUGGACAGUCUUCAGAAAUGCGUCUUCAGCUACAACAGCAACUGCCAGGAGAAGAUGAGUGAUUACAUCUCGGCCAUCAUUGAGCUGAGCGCACUGGUGGUCCGGCGUCAGUAUCGCCUGCAUCACCACAUUGACUUCAUCUAUUACUGUACAGCAGACGGACGGCGUUUCCGGCAGGCCUGUGACACUGUGCAUCACUUCACCACGGAGGUCAUCCAGGAGCGGCGGCGGGCGCUACACCAGCUGGGGGCUGAGGCCUGGCUUAAGGCCAAGCAGGGCAAGACCUUGGACUUCAUAGAUGUGCUGCUCCUGGCCAGGGAUGAAGAUGGGAAGGAACUGUCAGAUGAGGACAUCCGAGCUGAGGCAGACACCUUCAUGUUUGAAGGUCAUGACACGACAUCCAGCGGGCUCUCGUGGGUGCUGUUCAACUUGGCCAAGUACCCAGAGUACCAGGAGAAGUGCCGGGAAGAGAUCCAGGAAGUCAUGAAAGGUCGGGAGCUGGAGGAACUGGAGUGGGAUGACCUAACCCAGCUGUCCUUCACCACUCUGUGCAUCAAGGAGAGCCUCCGCCAGUUCCCACCUGUGACCCUGAUCUCCCGCCGCUGCACGGAGGAUAUUAAGCUCCCAGAUGGGCGCAUCAUCCCCAAAGGAAUCAUUUGCUUAGUCAGCAUCUAUGGGACCCACCAUAACCCUACAGUGUGGCCUGACUCCAAGGUGUACAACCCCUAUCGCUUUGACCCGGACAACCCACAGCAGCGCUCCCCGCUGGCUUACAUGCCCUUCUCUGCAGGACCCAGGAACUGCAUCGGACAGAGCUUCGCCAUGGCUGAGAUGCGCGUGGCCGUGGCGCUGACGCUGCUGCGCUUCCGCCUGAGCGUGGACCGAACGCGCAAGGUGCGGCGGAAGCCCGAGCUCAUUCUGCGCACGGAGGAUGGCAUCUGGCUCAAGGUGGAGCCGCUGCCUCCGCGGGCCUGCGGGGUCGGCGCGCCCCUGAGGAUCCCCGGGGGCCCAAGCCCCGCCCAGAGAGGCCCAGGUUCCGCCCCCGAGGGCCCAGGCCCCGCCCUCAAGAUCCUGAGGGCAUAGACCACGCCCGUCGAAGUCCAGGCUCAUUAAGCAGCCUUGUGGCGCAGGUCACACCCACUUAAGGCAAGGCUCCGCCCCUGGAGGGUCUGAUCCCGCCCCCUGAGGUCCAGGUCCCGACCCCUGAAUGCCAGUUUCUGCCCUCUUGUUUGAAGGACCAGGAUUGGCCACUCCCCUCGGGCUUAGGCCCCGCCCCAGCAUCCUUCGGAUUCAGGUCUUCAGGCUCCGCCCAUUGAGCCUUCCAAGGACCUAAGACCUGACACCUAAGGCCUCCGGGAUACAAGCCCAGUCUACUUCAGAUCCCGGCUGGCUUUUAAACUGAGGAUUUGAGAACUGGAGCCUGAGAUCAGAACCUUGAACGGAACAUCACCUUCUUGAGGCCCCCAGCUCAUGUGGAUGAACUCCUUAGGAAUUAGGUUGCAUCCCAGGGCCCACGCUGUUUGUCGUUGAUUUGUAAACCCAGACUCUCCCUUUCAAGCUCCUUCCUUCCUCCCUUGCUCAAAGGCCCUUUGCUGAGUGUCCUGAUUUUUGCAGAAUAAAAGCAAGGGAUGCAGACAUCCCCCAUCAUCCAUCCCCUAGCCAGGUCAGAUCCUUACACCUGGAUUCCGACAAGGAAAUGAGGGGUCC